CUGCACACACGUCAGCACCAAGCUCUCUUCCUCAACACAAAAACGGCGUCAUUCUUUUCCAACGACGUCGACAUGUUCUGCGGUCUAUUGUCCUUUUCCUAUCCCCAGAUUUUAUGCAUUAUUCCCAUUUCUAUGCGUACAACACGCACAUACAACCUUCCCCAGAAAGUACUUCUUCAAAAAAAACCGUAGAAAAAAUUUAAUUCACCCUUUUGCUUCGUCCUUCAGUAAUGGAUCUGCUCUGUCACUAGGGGUUUGACUCUUUGAUUCUCCUGGAAAAUUGGAUUCUGCUUUGUACCGAAAAUGAAGCUGAAGAGUGAUGCUAUCCACUCGACGAAGCUGUUGAAGUAUGUGUUGGUUGGAUUGGUACUGUUUUUGGGUUUGCUUUGUUUGUAUAACGGGUCAUUGUUUGCACCGGCUCUGCCGAGAGUAGAUGAUUCGUUUGAAAAUGGCGUUGACCCUGUUACUGGUAGAUUUAUUGUGAAAAAGGACUUUGAUGAAUUGUUUGAAGAUGAAGAACAACACAAUCCUGAAGUUCCCAAAAGCAUUCCGGUUUGUGAUUUGAGAUAUUCAGAGUUGAUACCGUGUCUGGAUAGAAAUUUAAUAUAUCAAAUGAAAUUGAAGCUUAAUUUGAGUUUAAUGGAGCAUUAUGAAAGACAUUGUCCACCUCCAGAGAGGCGUUUGAAUUGCCUCAUUCCUCCUCCCACUGGUUACAAGAUCCCAAUUAGAUGGCCGGCAAGUAGGGACCAAGUGUGGAAGGCAAACAUACCCCAUACACAUCUUGCACAAGAGAAAUCAGACCAGAAUUGGAUGGUUGUGGACGGGGAGAAAAUAAAGUUUCCAGGUGGUGGAACCCAUUUCCAUGAUGGAGCUGAUAAAUACAUUACAGCUAUUGCAGGGAUGCUUAAGUUUCCUGGUGAAAAACUCAACAACGGUGGUCAUGUUCGAAGUGUUCUUGAUGUGGGUUGUGGAGUUGCAAGUUUUGGGGCCUAUCUUCUCCGCCAUAACAUCAUAGCUAUGUCCCUUGCUCCUAACGAUGUCCAUGAAAAUCAAAUACAGUUUGCCCUAGAAAGGGGGAUCCCAGCUACUCUAGGUGUCUUGGGAACCAAAAGACUACCAUACCCCAGCAGAUCAUUUGAAUUGGCUCAUUGUUCCCGUUGUAGGAUUGAUUGGCUCCAGAGAGAUGGGAUCCUUUUGUUGGAAUUGGACAGAUUGCUUAGACCUGGAGGAUAUUUUGUGUACUCCUCACCAGAAGCUUAUGCACAUGACCUGGAGAAUCGAAGAAUUUGGAAUGCUAUGUAUGACCUGCUGAGAAGAAUGUGCUGGAGAGUUGUUGCAAGGAGAGACCAAACAGUGAUAUGGGCUAAGCCUUUGAGUAACAAAUGCUACUUAAAGAGAAAUCUUGGAACCAACCCACCCAUGUGUAGUUCUAAUGAUGAUCCGGAUUCAACUUGGAAUGUUCUCAUGAAGGCGUGCAUCACCCCAUAUUCUGAAAAGAUUCAUCGGCAGAAAGGGAGUGGACUAGAACCCUGGCCACAAAGGCUUUCUGCAGCACCUCCUCGUUUGGAAGAAAUUGGAGUCAGUCCCGAAGUAUUUAAAAAAGACUCUAUCGUAUGGCAUUACCGAGUGUCCGAGUAUUGGAAGCAGAUGAAAUCUGUUGUACAAAGGAACUCAGUCAGAAAUGUCAUGGACAUGAACUCACACCUUGGUGGAUUUGCCUCUGCUUUAAGGAACAAGGAUGUUUGGGUGAUGAAUGUUGCUCCAUUUAAUGCAUCUGACAAAUUGAAGAUUAUAUAUGAUCGAGGUCUUAUUGGAACAGUUCAUGACUGGUGUGAAUCAUUUUCAACUUACCCACGCACCUAUGACCUACUACAUGCAUGGUCAAUCUUCUCAAAGAUUGAGGCAAUUGGUUGUAGCUCGGAGGAUUUGCUUAUUGAAAUGGACAGAAUGCUAAGGCCCGAAGGGUUUGUCAUCAUAAGAGACAGGCCUUCUGUCAUAAACCAUGUACGGAAAUUCUUGGCUGCCUUAAAGUGGAAUGGAUGGGUAUCAGAGGCGGAACCGAGUGCUGAUGCUCUCUCCUCCAUUGAAGAAAGAGUUUUGAUUGUGAGAAAGAAAUCUUGGGAGGAUAAUACAGAGUUGUGAGUCUGUUUACUCAAAAGGUAUAUACUUUCCUCAUUUCAGAUAUUGAUUUUAUAAUGGAAAAUGAUCUUUGAUUCUUGAUCUUGUCAUUUGGAUAUCUAAACAUAAAAAAUAAAAAUCUCCUUUGUACACGAAUAAACAUGCUCGUGUCUAUCAUCUAAUAACUG